AUGACGGUCCUUCGCCUCUUCACCAGCGGACGGGCAGCAGGCUAUCGUGCUCUCAACCCAGCGCGAUUCGCUCAUUUCCGCCACAUUCCAUGCCAUCUCCGCGGCGUUAACGGUUUCCGUCUCUUUGUCACCUCCUCCCUCCUACUCGUCGCCCUCUACUUCACAUACACAACAUGGGCCGUAUCAGGCGUGUCAGAUCGGUUUGCAUUAUGGGAUGCCCUCGAAGCACGUAAAGAAACCCAGGCACAACCAUCGAGCUGGUUCAAGAGGAACGCGACGCCGGCGCUUCCUGGUAUGACGGGUCUCGGCCGCGCAGGGCGGGGCAAGAAGGCCGAUACAGAUCGUAAACACGCGCUAGUAACGACGGCAAAACGUAAGGCCCCUGCGACGACGUGUCUCGUCACCGUGUGGGAGAACGGGAACCUCCCCAAUUACAUCAAAGCCGCGCUGGACUCCUUUGGUGCCCAGGUACACCUGAAGCAUGGGAGAGGAAAGACAAAGAAUGGGCAUGCACACGAGAGCGGGAGCGACCUCCACGAUGAUGAACCAACGGUGGAGAUGUAUUUCUUUCUGGCACCACAUAUGGGCCUGCGCGCGAUAGCAGAUCUGUAUGGCGGCCAGCCGACGUGGCCGGAGAAUGUGCACGCCAUUGAUAUUGGAGAGGUGGAGCCGGAGUGGCGGGCAAUGGGGUGGAAUGGGUUCUUGGGCGACAGCUUGUGUCGGUUGUAUGGAGAGAGAAGGGAGUCGUGGAAAUGCGCGGAGCUUAAGGAGGCAAUCAGGCUGGUGCAUGAUGGCAAGGGAUCUAAUUUGGUUCACUUGCGCGGGCUCUAUGGCAACCUGUUCGCACCGUGGGUCAAUUCCGAACGCUGCAAGAGCUGGGCGUGGGGUGAUCUAGAUACCCUCUGGGGCGACGUGGCGGGCCUGCUAGACGCCCCCUUGAUUCAAGACCAAACAGACGUGUACACGCUCUCCUUUGGCGAUCUCGGCUCAAUAUACACGCGCGGGCAAUUCACCGCCUUCAACCACCACAACAACCCGCAAGUAGAUUCCGCUUGGCGCAUCUGCGCGGAGUUCAUGUCAAUGGACACCGCCAUCUCAUUCUUCCGCAAGUCCGGCUGGCACGCCCUCGACGAAGGCUGUACGACGACCGCCGUCCUCCACUCCGGCCACCGCCUCACUGUCCUCCCCAUGCAAACCGCCGACUGGUCCGUCCAGCUGGUACGUAUUGACCGCGGCGUGCUCAUGGGCUGCGAGAUGCGGGAAAACAACUCCACCACCCGCGCCCUCUGCCGCGACCGUAUGCGCUCCAUCCGCGACGCCUUGGAAGACCAGCAACUCCACGACACCGACGUCAAAGACACCCACCCCACCUCUCCCUUCCACCGCUUCCCGACCCGCACCCGCAACGUCUCCAUCAUCCAGCCAAUCGAGGCCGCCCACCCGGGCUCCGACACCUGCAUGGCGUGGGUCGACCGAAACCACCAGUAUUGCGCGCAUAAAGGCUUCCCAUGGGAGGACGCGGGCAUGUGGGUGGAGCAGGUGGAGAUCGAUACCCGGUUCCCGGAUUUUGAUCCCACUGAGGUGCAUGCGGACCCGUUUGCCCCUGUGGGGAAUCCGAAUGAGGAGGUGGUGAGGCUAUUGAGGUUUCCGUUCAGGAAGCCAUUUGGGACGGGCAUUUUUGAGGAGCGUGUUAAUGAUGCGGUCGGGCUUGCUGCGACGGCUGCGGCUGAAGAUGAUCCUCAAUUACUACCACCGUCGUCCACCGAGGACACACCCACCGUCCGCAUCCGAUACUACGAAUCCGUCAUGUUCCACUUCCAGAUGUGGAAGAAGCUCUCCGGCUUCGGGAUGAUUUACCCGGACGGCUGCGACGCCGUCGCACUCGCGUCGGGCGACUACGUGCUGGAGAUGUAUGAGAACGUCGAAACGGACGCGGAAGACCCGUUUAUGAGUGUUGGGAGUGGGGCUACGCUGAGGGCAUAUCAUGAUGAGCGCAUGGGGAGUAAAGGGAUGAAGACGUGAGACUGCGCGAAGACGGGAAGAGUGAACUCAGUACUGAAUGGCACCCGGCUUUCAGGCGAGGCGAGAAACCACUUUUUCGACUCUGGCCUCCGUCAAUCUCGGCCUGUACAUAUCUCCGGAGACAGAGACGGGGGCGAUACAGAUAAAGUGACAACGCGUUCAAAGGGGAAACAUGUACGCAUUUGAAGUUCGUGCGCCGGCAUCCCAAUUAUGCACAUAGAAAGCUUCCCUUUGUCUUGGUUUUUAAUGGUGUUUUCUUGUCCAUUUAUGGCCAUUCUAAUGUACUGUAUACAUAUCUACAUCUACCAGUUGGGCGACAGUUGGGAAGUCGCCUUGGGCCUGUU